AUGGCAUGUCACGUCGGAGUGCUACCUUCAGACAUUCUUCAGCUAGUGUCGAGAAGGUUAGAGAGCGAAGAAUCUGGCUGCGUCACAGAACUCCGUCUGUUGAAGCUCCUUCAUCCUCGCACCGGCACACUCUCACUAUUCCUCCCUUAUACAUCACCGAAUAAUGCCAAGAGCACUAUUUUGGAAGUGCAAUCCGUCUCUCCGCCUAAUAGGAGAUCGUGGUUCAUGCAGAAUGAAGUGCAAGAAGACGGCAAGCUACUGAUCAUGACGCCAAUUGAUCCUAUUUUCCUCCUCAUUCCUCUGAUCCAUGCCACACAAUCUGUUGAUGGUCCUGGACUCUUCCGACCCUUCGAUGAAGUGUUCGAAGAUGCUUUGUCUAAGAUGAAAUCCUCCGCUAAAGGGGACGAAGAAGAGGGGAGAAGAAUUACACUGACCGACGACAUGAGCAUACUGGCAUCACUAUCUUGCGUUCAUGCUGCGAUGGGUCGCAUAUGCGACCACAAGGACAUUGGUCAUGACAUACUCGUGUAUCGCUACUCCGCGGAGCGGACUUUGGAAUAUCUGCGUUCCAAAGUCUCUCGGUUGUCUCAACAGAGUGUAUCGGAACUGUCGAGUACUUUAACGAGACAAUUUGCUAGAGACGGCCUGCUCGAAGACGGAAAAGACGAAUUGCUGGAAGCUGCUCGCAAAAAGGCAGCGUGCGAGUUGCUUUCACAUUAUCUACCAAGGGAGGUGUACGACCAGUUGGUGGCCUCUUACGACUUCUCCGGGUUGGACGAGUAUGUGAAGGGCAUCAAAGCAGAAACGAUGGCUCUUGCAUCCGCGAACAUGAACACCGUCGAAGCACGUGAAAGCAGAGGAAGCGUGAACAAGGUCAUGGACGAGGACAAGAAGCGCAAAGCCCCAAAGACAUCGGCGGGAGUGGAGAAGUUGAAGAAGGUGAAUAUCAAGGGCAUGGCGAAGCUGUCGACCUUCUUCCAGAAGAAGUGA